AAAUAUAUUGUUGGGUCUAUACACCAUGGGAUUUAGCCCCCUCCCCCAGAAAGUUUCUCCUGGCCUCGGAGUCAGACUUACAAGAAGUCUAUGCUUCAGACGAGAGGUCUGGGUUCUGGUAAAAAAAUUUGUAUGCGCAUGUGCUCAAUUUACCGCCAAAAAUAGGAAGUCAUUGAGAAUGAUGUUUACUAAAUCAAGAAUAGCUUGAAUUUACGUUAUUAACGUGCAUUUUAUGGAUGCUUUGUGUUGUUAUUUUGCCUAUAACUUAUGGAAAUUAUGUCACGUAAGUUAGCUCAGCUAUUUACUCGCCAAAGGAUCAUAGAUAAACCGUAAAAACUACAAGGAGUGUGUUCGUAGGCCGGAGUUAAUGCAUCAACAAUUUUCAUGAUGGCGGAUUGUCUCCGAUUCAUUAUAUCUGGGGAUAGAGAAGAUGAAAAACCGGUGCAAAUAUUAAAAAAGGCAGCAAGGGAAGCAGCUAAUGCUGAAAUCCAUACCGAGUGGUUUACAUUGGAAGAUUUUACAACAGAUCCUUCAACAUACAAACAAGGGGCAGUGGUUGUUUGCGAAUCUUUUGAAGGGAAUACUUUCGAAACAUUAAAAAGCAAUGGCUGCAAGAUUGUCGGGCCUUCUUGUGUUCUUUCCUGCCUAAAGAAUAUCCAACCAUUGCCUUCUAUGAUAGAGCCAUGUUUGAGUUUUGCAAUGUUGGAUGUGGUUGCUUGUUGUACAAAUAUAACAUCAGAGCAUAGAAAGAAAUUAAAAGAUCUCAUUUCGUCAAUGGGUGGAACAAUGAUUGGUGAUUUUACUCAAAGUGUCACACAUCUAAUUGCUGGAGAAGUAGGUUCUACCAAGUACCAAGUAGCAUGUGAUCUUGGCAAGCCCAUAGUGCAACCAUCAUGGGUUUAUGAUUGUUGGGAUCAAAGCAAAUACAAAGUGAUAGACGGUACUGAAAGUUCUUUUGCUAAGAAACAUGGCUGCCCUUGUUUUAAAGGGCUUACUAUUUGUGUCACUGGUCUGAGUGCAGACAUCAGACAGGAGGUGAAGAAACAGACAGAAGAAAAUGGAGGCCAGUAUUCUGGGGAGUUGAAAAUGAGAACUUGUACUCAUCUUAUUGUGAAACUAGCCAAAGGUGAAAAAUAUAACUAUGCCAGGCAAUGGAAGAUACAUUGUGUAUCUUUGCAAUGGUUUUAUGAGUGUGUGCAAUCAGGUCACUGGAUAGAAGAGAAAAACUUUGAAGUGAUGCCAGGAGAGGAGUCGGUAAUGGAUGAGUCAAAAAUUUUUGAUGUUGCCAAAACAAGGGUAAACAUGACAAUUCAAGGUGAAAUGGAUGGCACAGCAGCUUCAUAUAAAGCAGCUAAAGUUGCAGAACAAAGUAUAAGAAAUAGAGAAAAAGCUAAAAGUGUUGAAGAGAACCCUGAACUGAGGACUGGUACAAAAAAUCAUAUCAAAUCAGUUAAGAUAAGCACUUAUGACACGAAAAAACUAAAUUUGUCUGGUAUAAAAUUGAAAUCAAGUAUGUUACUAGAUGGAUGCAAAAUUUUCUUGGCUGAGAUGGCUGCUGAUGUAACCGAUCAACUGAGAAAAUUGAUAAAUGCAGCUGGUGCAAUGAGAUUUAACCAACUUAACUCCAAUAUUACCCAUGUUAUCAUUGGUGAUGUAAUUUCAAAAGGCAUUGAAGACUACAUUGGUAGUGCUUUACAGAAGCCAUUUGUUGUUUCUCCAGACUGGCUAAUAGACUCUUUUAAGGCGUCAACUAUACUUGAUGAAAACGAAUAUUCAUUGCUAGACCAAGAUGAAUUGGAACCUGCAAUUUCCCAGCCGUUUAAAGUUCCUGAGCCAAAAAGGGCUGAUAUUAAGAAAAAAAAAGAAACAGCUACAUUGCCGCAUCUUGAUGAUGAAUUAGAAGAUGAUGACGUUUUCAUUGGCCAGUACCUGCCACAAGCAGAGAGUAGUCGUAUAUCAUUUGUUAUUGAAAACAAAACUACAUUACCUGGUGCUAGAGCUGAAAGCGGAAGAAUUAGUGAUGAACUGCAGAACUCUGAUUCUGCAGAAGCUGUUGCUGGACCUGUAGAAGAACUUGAAAGAUCCACUUCAACUGGCAAAGAGCAUUCCAAUGUCAUCAAUAAAUGCAAAUUUUUUGUGAAAUAUUUUGAAGCUGAAACAAUGGAUCAGAUAAAAUCAUUGGUUCAAGAUUUUAAUGGAAAAAUAGUCAAUCAAGAUGCAAGAAGUGAUUAUGUCAUUGUGCCUCUAACAUAUGAGAAGAAAAGAAGGAUUGGCAAAAAAGAGGUUACAAUUUGUUGGUUAGAGCAGUCACUGGAAAAGGAUCAGUUGUUGGAAGUUGAUUCGUGUUUCUUGUUUCGUCCGUUUCAUUUACCACCGGACUGUCUUCCAUUGAAAGACUGUGUUAUUUCAGUGAGCCAGUUCACUGGCAUUGAGAGAGAACAUGUUGUCCAAGUUGCUGACUUAAUGGGUGCAGUCAUGCAGGACAGUUUCGUGCGGAAAGCAGGCAAUGGGCUUCUGGCGAACACACAUCUCCUUCUAGCAGAAGCCUCUGGUGCCAAGUACCAGGCAGCUUGUGAAUGGGGCGCUCACUGUGUCUCUAAGGAGUGGCUCUUUGCUUGCGCCGAGAAAAAGAGAUUGAUGCCUGUUGAAGACUACCCACUCGAUGAUCACACAAAAAUUGAAUCCGACGAAAACGAGGACGAGAUAGAGGAAAUAACCGUGAAAGAUGGAGAUAUAACUGAAGCAGAAGAUAGCAAGACUGGACAUGAGCAGUCGGACCGGGUAAAGGAGAUGAACGCUUGUGACGGUAACAAAAAAGACCUUAUAAAACCUUACAGCAAUGCCCUGGAGGAAAAAGAAUUGCCAACAAGUACAACUCCAGUGGCACCGGGCAAGGCGUUACUUCAAGUUGGUAAACCCUUUAAACCAUCUUUCGAUUUGAAUGACAUGAUGGAGUAUCUCAAAUCGCCUGCGACUUGCUUUACACCCAGAAGCAAAAGCCGUCAAAGCAACGGGAGUUUCGCUUUGGAUGAGUUUGUUGGUGACCAGCUCCGUAAGGCAUUAGAGAUUACAAGUGGAGACACUCGCAAAAAGUCGAAUAAGACCGCAGCUGAAAAAAAGCAAGGGAACCAAAACAAAACCCCUUCAAAAGAUGGAAAAAACUUUGAAAAGAUAUCUGAUAUCAAAGAAGAACAUAAAGACGCUGGAGUAUUGCGAGGGGUUGUCAUUGCUGUCAGCAAAAAGCUUUUAGAAAGGCAGGGAGAGAUUCACAAUUUAGCUACAUCGUUAGGUGCCGAGUGCCAGUUUGGUUUUGAUGAAACUUGCACCCAUCUUAUUCACAAGGGCAAAGCAACAGAUACCCUUGCAGAGGUCAAACAAGCCCGAUCACUCAAACGAGAAAUUGUCUCUGAACAUUGGCUUGAUGCUUGUCUCAGUGAAAACAAGAGAGUUGAUGAAAAAUUGUACCCAUGCACAUAUAAUCCAAAAAUGUCACUUUCAGUGGUGACAAAGGGAAGACGAUCAACUCGAUCAUUGAAAUCUACUUCAGCUGCCUCUAAAAUACUUUCCACGAAUCACGAGGAACCAAAAGGAGAAGUUAGUCCUUCCGUCACCAAUAACCAACUAGAAAGCCCUCCUCCACGCAUAGAGACGCCGAAAAGAACUCAUGACGACGGUCCAGUUGCAUCAAAGGGACAAUCGGCAAGUUUGAAGAAAAUGGUUUCUCCUUUUGAAGAAAAGGCGUCGUCCUUGGAUGCUCGUUUGGAAUUUCAACGUCAAAUGGAAGAGCUUAUGGAAGCAACAAAGGGCAACAAGGGUGGAUUGCGAAGAAAUCGAAGGCAGCAAUUAAGCUCUGCAUCGCCAUCCGAAGACCUCAGUUUGAAACGGUCAUCUGUGGCAAAGAGGCUUCGUACCAGGCAGUCGUCACAGAAAAGCAACAGUGAAUCUUCAAAGUCUUCCGGGGAAAAGAAACAAGGAACCAUAGAACAAUCACAAGGGGACGUUAUAACGUACGAUGACCCAGCAGGCCGAAUUGAAAGAGAGAGGAUAUUGGCUCAGCUGAAAGCCGCAAGUCCUAGCCAGGAUGGCUUCCCUUCUUUCAAACCCAUCGAGGUCUCCGAUUUUCCCUUAGAUUCUGCACUGGAAGAACCGAAACAGAACGAUGAAGCUGCCCGUGUUGGCACACCGAUAAAGCAAGAAGCACUGUCUGACAAGCAGCUAGUCAUCAACAAACAAGUCUUCCCAUCAGACUUUGAUCAUUUGACAACUCCUCCGAAGCGUCCUGUUAAUAUGCAUAUUUCUAAACCUGUCCAGCCACCCCAGCCUGUGAGCCUUCUUGAAGAUGACGAAAUCCAAGAAGAAAACAAGGCGCCGGUUAAGACGUAUAAAUUUCUCCUUUCUGCAAUGACGCCACAAGAAAAAAUCCAUUACUCGGCCAUGAUAGAAGAGCUUGAUGGGAUGAUUUGUGAUGCACAGUACUUCACUUUGGAAUGCACGCACGUCAUAGUUGGCAAUCCAAGCCGAAACGAGAAAUUUUUAGCAGCUGUGGCUGCUGGAAAAUGGGUGCUGCACAAAUCCUUUUUGGAGGCAAGCAGAGAAGCUGGGUUCUUUGUGAAUGAAGAGGAGCACGAAUGGGGUUCGGAAGCAGAGCCUUCCAAGUUAACUACAGCUGCAAGAAGAUGGCGAAGAAAGUUAGAGAAAGAGAGAGGGAAAAACCAGUCAGCUGGAGCAUUCAGUGGAUGGCACGUGCUGCUGUGUGUGGGCUCCUCCGUACGGCAGCAUGGUUUUAAACGAAUGCUUGAAGCUGGUAGUGGAACAGUGGCAAGCAUCCACCCACCCUUCAAUGCCCUUGACGGGGUUACACACGCUUUUAUAGAUCCUAAUAAAACCAAACCAGGUGUUAUAGACUACAAAACGCUCUAUUCAGCAGGGAUAUGGGUAUUACGCCCUGAUUAUAUCGCAGAUUACCUUACGCAAGAGCCAGCCCCGCCAACCAUGAAAUACGUUCUCCAAGAGGUCCAGAGCUUGAUGGAACCAGAUGGAAGCCUGGUGAGUUUUAAUGACUCUAAAAAACGCAAAAAUCUGGAUGAGCGGUCCUCCCAAAAAACCAAGCGCAGCAAGAAUUGAAGCAGAGAACUAGCGAUUUAUUCAUGUUAAACUAUUCAUGUCAAUUUAUCGAUCACAAGAUCUAAAAUCUUCCUAUGGGCUUCCGUGAUAAAAUAAAUGGCCCUUUUUCACUUAAUCGGUGCACAACAGGGCUCUGUGUGUACCUAUGCGCACCAUUAAUCAAAAGGAUGACUUCAGAAGGCUGAAGAUGGACAAAAGACCAAAAAACGACCUGGCGCGUGGCCUCCCCCUGGUUGAUGUCAAUACUUCGUCCAAGGUGGGUUGACUGGAUUUUGGUCGCCAAUCAUAAGACAAGAAGGGCGUAAACGAAUCGUCCAUCAAUAUCUUCUACUUCCCUCAAAAUCUUUGCAAAAUGAAGAGUACCGGAGUGAUCCACCUAAGUGUGACGAAUUCCUUAAUUUUUGACCACAUAAUCUGAAAGAAAGGCAUAAAAUACCACACAAUAUGCAAAAUCAGGUAGAUAUGUUCAAAGAUUUCAAGUUUGCCAACGGUAAACUGUUAUUCUGGCCUGGUUCAUGACGUUAUGAGCCAAGACCCAGUACCAGAGGUUUGAUUGGGAAAGAGACAGUGCUCAUGUGGCCCUAUCCCAGUCAAUUUGUUACUCAUUCAACUGAUUUCGCACUGUUAGAGGUAUUUCAUAACGCUUGUUUGUGUUAUAAAAUCACAAUUGAAAAAUUAUAAAAUAGAUUUUCUGGCGUCAUCACUUCGGUACUCUUUAAUUUUUGGGAAAUAGAGAUAUAAUGUUUCAUGUCUGCUCAAAAUAUAAUAACUGUUAGGUGAUGUUUUCAUGGGAAAUUCAAGAACUGUCAAAUUUUUAUCGAAUUUUCUGUUCAAAACUGUUUGAAAACACCGAUUCAAAGCUAAAAUAAACAAAACAUUUGCUUAUUAUCAUUAUGAAUAUACCAAUUAUACUAAAUGUCCUCAAGUCAUCAGUUUCGGGUACUAUUCUGUCAGAAAAUGAAGCAUAUUUUGGUAUUUUGAUGAACUAUCUUAACCCUUUUCAAUCCUCCGAUUCCUCUGCACCAUCCGUCCUGCUAAAAUGAUAAAUACCCUGCUUUAAUUAGUUCGUUGAAAAUUAUUUCUCUUCGAGUCACUUACUGCCUUGAAGCAUUUUAAAUUCGUUUCUUAAAUGUUGAAUUUCAUUGUGUAGAGCUAUGAUAUUUAGCUUGUGGAUAUAUGUAAAUUUUUAACGCGUUUUGAUUAAAAAUUUUGAGAAAGAUUUUCGUUUCCUUUGUGUU